CUGCCAAGCCGGCAAGCUCUGCAUCCGUACCGUAGGGCGUCCCAAGGCGAGGAGCCCGUUGGACGACGCCAUCGCGAGGACUGGUUGCUUGCCGUCCCGGGGCAUUAUUGGGGCAAGGGCCGGCCGUUGUGGCUCACGCUCACUGGCUGGGUUUAAAACCAGCUUUGCCCGGCGCAGGUGGCUCGACGGCCAGUGCCAAGCAAGAGGAGGCCAGUCCACCAUAGCCGGAGCUGAUGGGGUGGGCGAUCGCGCUGCAGGGCGGCGGCGGGGACAUCCCGCGCUCGCUGCCGCCGGAGCGCGCGGAGCCUCGCCUCGCCACGCUCCGCCGCUGCCUCGACCUUGGCGUCUCAGCGCUCCAGGACGGCCGGGCCGCCCUCGACGUCGUCGAGCUCGUCGUGAGGGAGCUGGAGAACUGCCCGCACUUCAACGCCGGGAAGGGCUCCGUGCUGACGAGCGACGGCACGGUGGAGAUGGAGGCAUCCAUAAUGGAUGGCACCACCAUGGGCUGUGGCUCCGUUUGCGGCCUCUCCACCGUCGUCAACCCCAUCUCGCUCGCCAGGAUCGUCAUGGAAAAGACGCCCCACAUCUACCUCGCGUUCAAUGCCGCCGAGGCCUUUGCAAGGGACCAGGGCGUGGAGACUAUGGAUCCAAGCCACUUUAUUACAGAGGAAAACCUUGAGAGGCUCGGACAAGCAAAAGAGGCCAACAGGGUGCAGGCAAUGGAAGGCCAACCUCCCAUAGACGACAACAGCCGGACCGGCACGGUUGGUUGUGUGGCUGUCGACCUCUCCGGCAACUUGGCAUCGGCCACAUCCACAGGUGGGGUGGUGAACAAGAUGGCCGGCAGGAUCGGCGACACCCCGAUCAUCGGCGCCGGCACUUACGCCAACACCCUGUGUGCGGUGUCGGCCACAGGCAAGGGCGAGGCCAUCAUCCGGCACACGGUGGCGCGUGACGUGGCGGCUCUCGUGGAGCACCGGGGCCUAUCUCUGCAGGAGGCCGCGGAACGCGUUGUGGCUGCUGUGCCACGUGGCAGCUUCGGGCUGGUAGCGGUGUCAGGCGCCGGUGAGGUUACCAUGCCGUUCAACACAGCUGGAAUGUUCAGGGCAUGCGCCGCUGACAGUGGAUACUCCGAGGUUGGCAUAUGGCCCGAUGCUGAUGGUGAUGCUGGUGGGGAGAGUUAGUAUGCUGGUGUUUUCUUUCUAAAAUCUCUGUCGCAAUUGCAGAUUUGCAUGCCGUUAGAGGGCAACCAACUCUAUAAAUUUGAUAUUUUCAAUUUAUCUUGCCAAUUAGUUUGGUUUCAUGAUAAGCAAAUUCGUUUGAAAUUUGCAGCUGGCGUUUAACUAAAAUUGGUCCUAGCUUUCACCUAA